AUGGAGCCAAUGACACUUGGUUCACCAGUAGGCAGCCAGGCCAGCCCAGGAUUUACAUCCCCAUAUCUUCCAGAGUUUCUGACGGGUGACUCAACUCCAGGAUCUACCACUGCACAAAACAUAGCUGGAACCCCAAGAAAAACUUCAAAACAUGUGUCAUUUGGCUCAUUACCAACAAUGAGAAGCUCUACUCCAGAUGCAAUGGAAUCUCACAAGCCUAGGGGAGCCCAGCUCAUGCUGAAUGCACCACACACUCCAGUAGAGAAGAGUGGUGGUCCACCAACUAGAGAUCUGUUUGAUACUUUAACAUCGCCUGCUCAGUUCCACACUCCAACUAGUAGCCAUGAAUCAUCCUUCCAAUAUAUAAAUAGCCUGCCUGAAGCAUCACACUGUGGAAUAGAUGAGGCUCGCAACACGUGGGUGACUAUAUUUGGUUUCCCUCCUUCAGCAGCUGCGUUUAUUCUGACUCAGUUUUCCCACUAUGGCAGCAUAUUGGAGAAAAAUAUACCAGCUAAAGGAAACUGGAUGCAUGUUCGCUACCAAACAAAGCUUGAAUGUCGGAAAGCUCUUAGUAACAAUGGAAAAGUGUUUGGUGGAACAAUCAUGAUAGGAGUGAUGUUAUGUAAAGAUCAGGAGAUUUUAAAUAAUGCCCGAAACAAAGAAAAUGUUCCAUGCCAGAGAAUUGCAUUUGUGGAGUCUACUAGUGGCACAGCUGGUGCAAGAGGCACACCAAACCAAUUAUUAUCUUCACCUGCUUCCUCUAUUGCAUCACCUAAAUGGUUUAAUGCAUCCACUUUAUCUUAUCCUGGAACUCCAAACAGUAACAUCACUGAUGUCCGACCACUAGGGCAGGCCUACAGAAUGGCUCAGGCAGGCAGUGAGGUGCUUGAGCAGACGAACAUACCACAAAGGAGUACUGGCCUGGUUUCUAAAGCAAUGGAAUACGUGUUUGGCUGGUGA